AAUAAUUGAAGCUACAGCCCAGUUGUCUGGACCAAAAAAAUUCAGCGAACAUAUAGGCUCGCUAAUGUUAUUUAGAGCUCAUCAAUCAAAAACAGGUGGAAAACUCAAGCUGCUGAGUGGAACAUUGCCAUCCAGGCAAUUGCUACAUGAUCGAUACCCAAGCAUCUAUGCUGAUAAUCUUUGCCCCAGGUGCCUUACAGCAGUAGAAAUCCAGAGUUACAUUUUUAAUUGCUAUAAAAACAUUGCAGCAUACAACAAAAUAGAAAACAAGAUAAGAACAAGUCUAAUAAAGCUUGUUAGGAAAAACAACAAUAAAAAGUUCUUAACAGAAAUCGAAAGAAGAACACAAAAACUAUACUUUGGCCAAAAAUCCAACCUAGACAAACUUGCAAGCGGAAUGCUAAGCAUAGACAUACAACUACCUGUCACCAGUGGCAAACAAAAUACUAACCCUACUAUACUCACAAAUAUAGAUUCCAAGAUCAGCAACAGCUAA